AUGGCGACUGCCGCCGCCCAAAAUAUACCAACUUCAGACUCACACGACCUCCCUCCGCCGGCCGCCACUGCCGCCCGAAAAGCCAAAGCCAAGAAGAAGGAGCCAAGUGCGGAGGAAAAUGCAAAGCUGGUGCAAGCGCGACUCUCCCAACUGGAGCAGGAGCGAGCCGGAGAAAAGACCCAGCAGGCCGAAGUCGAUCGCGAGGUCAAGAAAGCCACCCGAGAUCUCAAUGAACUACUGAAUACUGUCAAGGAACCCAUGCAGAGGAGCGAUAUGGUUCAGAAAAAGUAUGAAGAGUUGUUGGCCGAUAUGAAGAAGACGGAGCGGGAGUUUGCGAAGAUCAAGAAGAAAUCAGAUCAGCAGCAGAAGGAGCUCGAUAAGUCAAAGUCCGAGGGGAACAAGACUGCUACCAUGAAGGACAAGCUGGAGAAGUUGUGUCGGGAACUCACAAAGGAAAACAAGAAGAUGAAGGACGAGAACAAGCGGCUCGAGGUAUCCGAGAAGGCGGCGAGGGAGACGAUUAACGAGCGGCUGGAUUCGAUGCUUUACGAUGUACAGGAGGUGAUGAACUCAAAGGGCACGACGCAUCCGGAGAAUCUGCAUCUGACCGUGGAUCAAGUACUCAAGAACCGCCUCAAAGUCCUCUUCGACCAAGCCGAGCUCCGCGAGAUGCACUUCAAGACAAUUCUCCGCCACCGAGACGCCGAGAUCUCCCACGUCGGCGCUAAACUCGAGGUCGAACGCCGCAGAGCUGACGCGGAGGCCGCCCGCUGUCGGACCCUCACCAACCAAGUUAACACCUUCUCCCACACUGAGGCCGAGCUCCGCUCCCAGCUCAACAUCUACGUCGAAAAGUUCAAACAGGUCGAAGACACCCUCAACAACAGCAACGAGCUCUUCCUCACUUUCCGCAAAGAAAUGGAGGAGAUGUCCAAGAAGACCAAACGACUGGAGAAGGAAAAUCAGACUUUGACCAGGAAGCAAGACCAGAAAGACCGAAACAUUCUCGAAAUGGCGGAGGAACGAGGCCAGGACAAAGAAGAAAUCCAACAAUUACGCCGACAAGACAUGAAAAUGCGGAAUAUCAUCAAGAGUAUGCAAGAGCAAGGCCGCUCGCUCCCGCCGGACUCCCAACAGCUACACGACGAUGACGAGGAAUCAGAAAGCGAGUACAUGGAUGAUGUGGAUGAUGACCUGGAGUAUGAUGAAGAUGAAGACGAGCUUGCUGCGCAUGAGGCCGAGCUGCUGGCUCAGCAGCAACAGCAGUCCAUGAGCAAUACGCAGGCUAAGCAACCUGAACCGCCAGUCUUUGGGCCGGUUCCUCCUCCCGAGCUUGCCUCGAAGGGAGUGAUGGCAAACGCUCCCAACAUCACCAAUGGUGUUGGAAGUAAGCAUUGA